AUGGUAUCGGUGAAGCGCGCUACUGUGGUCGAGGCUAUUCCAGCUGAGGCCACCGAGGAGGCGGAGCUGUCCUUCCAGUUCACGAAGCAGGAACAUGCGCUCGGCUGGUGGGAUGCCAUGCGUCUGCAUUACCCCGCCAUUGGCUGGGGACUUUUCAUGAAUAUAUCCCAGGCAACCAUUUUGAAAGGCAUUGACGGGGGCAUCGUCCGCAGUCUAGUUGGCCUCCCGGUCUUCAAGGAAACCUUCGGCUACUACCGCGACGGCAAAUACAUUAUCGCGGCGCAGUGGCUAUCCGCAUUUGGAUACGCGAACUUGCUCGGUGCAAUUGUAGGUGCCCUUUGCUCAGGCAUCGUAUACGAGCGUCUAGGCCCACGGCGAAUGACCGCCGGCUGCUGUGUCUUAUCCAUCGCAUUCAUUUUCAUCCAAUUCUUCAGCCAUACGCCGGCACAGCUCUUCGUCGGCGAACUCGUUAAUGGAUGCAUUAUUGCAUUUUACCCGAUUUGCGCCUCGGCGUACGUCGGCGAAGUCACGCCUUUGGUCCUCCGUGGGUUCGCGGCCACCAUGACAAAUCUUGCUUUUUCAAUUGGUUCCUUGAUUGCCUCUGGAAUUCUUAAAGGGACUGAAACCAUGGACAACAAAUGGUCUUAUAAGAUUCCUAUCGCGACGCAAUGGGCUUUGCCAUGCAUUAUGUUGAUCCUGGUGGCCUUUUGUCCUGAGCCGCCCUAUUGGCUGUGUCGCAAGGGCCGAUAUGAAGAAGCUACGAAAUCACUGCGUCGUCUUGCUACCUCUGCGGUAGACAUUUCUCCGAAACUGGCACACAUUAAGGAGACGCUACGCUUGGAGAAGAGCUACCACGGCGAACGGCCGACGUAUCUGGAUUGUUUCCGGGGGACGAACUUUCGUCGUCUGGUGGUCUGCGUGAUGGCGUAUGAUAUGCAGGCAUUUGCGGGUAAUGUGUUUUUCCUCACUUAUGCCGUGCAUUUCAUGGAACUAGCUGGGUUGAACGCAUCCGAUGCGUUCUCAAUGAACAUUGGCUUGACGGCACUUGGUCUGUUGGGCACAUGCAUUUCUUGGUUCCUUCUUUCUUACGUCGGACGACGAACGAUGUAUCUUUUCGGAUGCUCGGCUUUGGCCAUCUUACAGCUCAUCAUUGGUGCCGUGGACCUGGCUCCGCGACAGACAUCUACCACAUGGGCGCAAUGUGGGUUGAUGCUGGCGUGUACUUUUGUAUAUGACCUCAGUCUUGGUCCAUUCUGCUAUGUGCUCCUUGCCGAAGUAUCAUCGGCUAAACUACGCGGGUUGACCAUUGCUCUGUCAACGGUCACUUGCUUUGUCUGGUCGGUAAUUUUUGCUGUCGUUAUUCCUUACGCCAUGAAUGAGGAUCAAGGCAACUGGCGCGGGAAAAUUGGCUUCUUGUUCUCGGGGCUGGCUGGUCUCUGCGCGAUCUAUUGCUUUUUCUGCAUGCCAGAGACGAAGGGUCGUACUUUUGAAGAGCUGGAUAUUCUGUUUGAGCGCAAAGUGCCGAGUCGCAAGUUCAAGUAUUAUAAGGUCGAUAUUGAUAUUGGUGGAAGGCGAUUAGAGUGA